CAAACAGGAAAAGGCUCAUUUAUAUUGGUCGGGAUUGCAGCACAAAGUGGCACUGGUCUUUUCGUCUGCAACCUGCGAGUCCAACAAACGAGAGGCAGUCCUUGUCGAGACAGGGAAUCCUGAUCCUAAGCAUAAGAUGCUUCCACAUCUAUGAUGUCUCUCCGUCCCAUAUUUUAAUCCGUACGAAAUGAUGGCUAAUUAUAGAUAAUCCGCCUCAUUCAUUAUCAACAGCAGCACCACCACCACUAUCAUCACCUUCAAUUAUGACGCUGUCUCAAAAUGUCAUGUCAUGGGUGUUUCAGCGCUCCCUCCUGUCAGCCUAUCGCCUCCCUCUGCUCCUCGCAUCAGUCUCAACCAGGGAUAUCGCUCUUGCUACCGUAAUUCCAAAAUAAGCAGAGCGAAGAGCGGCAAUUCGACAAACAGCAACAGGUGGCGGCCAUGUGGGAGCACCUUUCCUUGGAUCUCCUCGCCCACGUCUUCUCCUUCCUCCCCCCGGACGCUGUAGCCCGCGCCAUGGCGGCCUGCAAGCACUGGUUCGACUGCGCCCGCUCUCGCUUACCGCCGUCCCGCCAACCCCCCUGGCUCGUGGCCUUGCCCGCGCGCGCCGCCCGCGGUAGACCCUCCUGCUACGCCCACGAUCCCGCCCUCAACCGCUGGCACGUGCUCCCCCUCGACCUCUUCCCUUGCCCGCUCCGCCUCGUGGCCCCCGUGGGUAGUUCUCUCCUCUGCAAGCUCGCGGCCUCCUCUGACCUCCGCCUCGUUCUUCUGAACCCUUUUACCCGCCAGUUCCGGAACCUCCCGGAUUUGACGAUGCCGCGUCGCAAUCCGGCCGUCGGGAUCGUCGUCCGCGGGGUGGACGCCACGUCCGACUCUUCUUCCUCAUUCAGCGUGAUAGUCGCCGGCGGCGCGUCGGGGUCCUGCUACGAGCCCACGGUGGAGAUGUACGACACGGGGCCCGGCGGGUGGUCCCUGGUCGGGCCGAUGCCAGUCGAAUUCGCGGUGCGGCUGACGGUGUGGACGCCCAACGAGAGCGUGCACGCGCUCGACGGGGCCAUGUACUGGAUGACCUCCGCUCGGGCGUACAGCGUGAUGGGGUUCGACCUGGGGCGGAGGGCGUGGCGGGAGGUGAAGGCGCCCAUGGCGGAUCGGCUGGAGUGGGCGGCUUUGGUACGGCGCCCCAGCGGGAAGCUGGGUUUGGUAGGCGGCGACGGCGACGGGCAGGGGGCCGUGUGGGAACUGAUUGAGGAGGACAAGUGGGUAGCGGUGGGAAGGGUGCCGGCUGAGCUGGGGAGGAGGUUCUGGGGAAGGAGCAAGUCAGCGGCCACCAGGUGCGUCGGGGGCGAGGAGGCGGUGUACUUGUUCAGGGACCUGGGCUCCGAGAUGUUGGUGUGGAGGGAGUCGUCAUCAUCACAAAUCAAGAAAAACAAGGAAGGGGAAGAGACAUGGGAGUGGCGUUUGGUACAAGGGCGCUGUUGCAUGCCCAACAUCCCCAUCAAGGCAGCGCUGCUUCAUCCCACCCUAUCACGCUCCAGCUUCCCGGCUUCGUUGUAGUUGAAGGCCGGGCAGUUCUUCCGGUCAAUGCAUCAUUAGCACUUACAUAGUCUCAGUUGGCGCUCGGCGGCUGGCGGGCGCUCCUCAGAAACGGCAGCAGCACUAUGCAACUCCGGUGUCUCGGAAGGAGUCACCUUUCGAAGAAAGACCCCCUCUCCCAGUUGGCCAAUGCUGCAGGCCCCAUUAUUCCACCACCAUCUCCGGUGCGAAGUAGUCGGGUCGCGGCUCCGCAGGGGGUUUGACGCCCUUAUUUACGCCACUGUUGCGUGGCGGACUUACCGCCCGAGGAGACUGGACAUCGUCGAGGAACCACGGCGUUUAGUUUCGUACAUAUACGCAUAAUUAUCUGGAGGAAGGUGGACUCUGAGUUCAUGUGACAGAGAGACCAGCGAGUGGAUCCAGCUCAGAGCUGUGUACACUUCUGCAGUCAUCACAUGUCGAUUGGAAUACAUUUUGUCAGCAUUAUCGCAUUGGAGUUUUCAUCUAUGAAAGUGAUAAAGAGUUGCUCGAUCUGCAA